UUGUUUCUAUCGCGGGAAAGUUCAUAGGCGCAUUGAAAUCUUGCCUUCUAAUUAUUUAUCACUAGGUCUAGCUAGAUUCUAGUCUAGUACUCUAGAUCUAGUUUAUAUUCUAGAUUAGAUCUCUUGAUCUAGAUUAUAUCAUACUAAUCAUGUUAUGUUAAUGUGUGAAAUAAAUAAGUGUAUCUGUGAAAAUGACAAGUUCUAGUGGAACAACUCAAUGUGAACAAAUCACUAUUCAAGUCAAGAAAAUCAACCAUGAGUCUUCAAGUUUUCCCUAUUCUGGUCGAGAGGGACAAGUUGCUUGCUGUGUUGGUCAAAAAGUUUACAUUUUUGGUGGAGUGGAACAGGGUCAAGGAAAUGAACCCAAAGAAACUAAUGAAAUGAUUGUCUUUGAUAUGAACACAUUAAAAUGGUCUCAGCCUGAUGUCACUGGAAUGAUUCCUCCACCAAGGUCAGCUUCAUCACUUGUGGCAGUGGGAACUAAAUUAUAUCUGUUUGGAGGGCUGAGUCAUAUGUCAGGAUGGUUUGAUGACAUUUUUGUCUAUGAUACAGUGACUAACUCAUGGUGUAUACUAGAGACAGAAGGAAAUAGACCAAGGGCCAGAGAUAAACUUCAGGCAGUUGUUAUUGACACAAAUAUUUAUUACUUUGGUGGCUUUGGACCAAAGUCGGAUGAAGCAGAAGCUGCAGAUCUGGAAGGCAAUGAUGAUGAUGAGGAGGAUGAAGAGGAUAUACCAGAAUCCCAUGAACAGGAAGGAGCAGAAUUUGGCUGGUUUAAUGACCUCUAUGUUUUGGACACUGUUAACUUAAAGUGGUCUCAGCCAAUGCACAUGAACUUGGGUGUGCCUACACAGAGAGCUGCCCAUGCAAUGUGUACUAUUGGAAGGCACCUUAUAAUUUUUGGAGGCAGAGAUAUAGAGGAACGGCAAAAUGACAUGCACAUUUUUAAUGUUGAUACUAGAAAAUGGUUGACAGACCUGUCAGUAACAGGUCAAGUGCCAGCACCUAGAUCCUUUCAUUCACUCACUGCUGUAGGCAACAAAGCUGUGUUGUUUGGAGGACGGGGCAGAAAUGAUCAACACUUUGAUAAAUUUGAUGUCUUUGAUUUUGGUAAAAAGGAAUGGUUACCAACCACCAUAGAGGGAGAUAAGCCUGCUUCCAGGGGACAGCAUUGUGCCGUAGCUGUUGGUGAUUCUAUAUUUCUAUUUGGAGGAUCAGGAAAUUUUAGUCCUGAGACAAUGCAGUGUCAGACAUUUUACACUGAUGCCUUUGUAGUUAAAUCAGAUAAAUUUUCAUCAAAUGCUCAGUCUAAUGGUUUACCUACAGAAUCUAAUGAUUCCUAGAUCUCAGAUGUUUUUAUUUUUAUGUUUGUUUCUUUGUCUUUACAAAUUAUUUUUCUCUGUCAUCUUGAAGUGAAAAACUGUAGAGGUCAAUUUUUAUCUUAUGUGCAAUGUGGCUUACUACAAUGUAUUCAGAUCUUGAAUUUCUUAUGUCAGAAUUCAAAACUAGAAUGAAAUCUUUAUAAAAAAAAAACAAGAUUAUUAUGUACAUGUUUAUGUAAAUACAAUAAUAUAUUAUGAA